GUGCUCCCAGCCAAUGGCGUUGCGAGAACGGCUAGUUCCCGUUCCUUCCUCAUUCUGCCCACUUAUCUUCGAGCCGCAGCGUCACGAGCGCCUUCUCUGCCUGCCCGCACGAGAGAGAGAGCACUACCCUUGCACACAGUUAGGCCGGAAAGAUCCAGAACCAUGUCCAUCCUGAAGAUCCAUGCACGUGAGAUUUUCGACUCCCGUGGCAACCCCACUGUGGAGGUCGAUCUCUACACCAAGAAAGGUCUGUUCAGAGCUGCGGUCCCCAGCGGUGCUUCGACCGGCAUCUAUGAGGCCCUUGAGCUCCGUGACAAUGACAAAACACGCUACAUGGGCAAAGGUGUCUCAAAAGCUGUUGAGCAUAUCAAUAAAACUAUUGCACCUGCACUGGUUAGCAAGAACGUGAAUGUCUUGGAGCAGGAGAAGAUUGACAAGCUGAUGUUGGACAUGGAUGGCACAGAGAACAAGUCUAAGUUUGGUGCUAAUGCCAUCCUGGGCGUCUCCCUGGCUGUGUGCAAGGCUGGUGCAGCAGAGAAAGGCGUGCCCCUCUACCGCCACAUCGCUGACCUGGCUGGCAACCCUGAAGUCAUUCUCCCCGUCCCUGCUUUCAAUGUCAUCAAUGGUGGCUCCCACGCAGGCAACAAGCUGGCCAUGCAGGAGUUCAUGAUCCUGCCUGUGGGAGCCAGCAACUUCAAGGAAGCCAUGCGCAUCGGUGCUGAGGUCUACCACAACCUGAAGAACGUCAUCAAGGAGAAAUACGGCAAGGAUGCCACCAAUGUAGGAGAUGAGGGAGGCUUUGCACCCAACAUCCUGGAGAACAAGGAAGCUCUGGAGCUGCUGAAGAACGCCAUCGCCAAGGCUGGCUACACCGACAAGAUCGUCAUCGGCAUGGAUGUGGCCGCCUCUGAGUUCUACAAGGGCGGCAAGUACGAUCUGGACUUCAAGUCUCCUGAUGACCCCAGCCGUUACAUCUCUCCUGACCAGCUCGCUGACCUCUACAAAAGCUUUGUCAAGGAUUACCCAGUGGUAUCCAUUGAGGAUCCCUUUGACCAGGAUGACUGGGAGGCAUGGACCAAAUUCACAGCCAGCACCAGCAUCCAGGUGGUGGGUGAUGACCUCACUGUCACCAACCCAAAGCGCAUCGCCAAGGGUGUCGCCGAAAAGUCCUGCAACUGCCUGCUGCUCAAGGUCAACCAGAUCGGCUCUGUCACAGAGUCCCUGCAGGCCUGCAAGUUGGCCCAGAGCAAUGGCUGGGGUGUGAUGGUCAGCCAUCGCUCUGGAGAGACAGAGGACACCUUCAUUGCUGAUCUUGUGGUUGGACUCUGCACUGGACAGAUCAAGACAGGUGCACCUUGCCGAUCUGAGCGCUUGGCCAAGUACAACCAGCUGCUCAGGAUUGAAGAGGAACUUGGCGACAAGGCCCGUUUUGCUGGCCAGAACUUCAGGCACCCCAUCUGAGCUGGUUUUCCUUCUUGGGCCUUAAUGUUUUCAUUGCGCAUAAAUAAACCCCACACAUAUAUGCCACGCUAGGUCGCCUGCCCUGUACGGAAAGAAGAUGGAAUGUCAUUGAAAUCCAAGGUCCAAGUCUACGGUGUGUGUGGCAUGGAGAGAUAGGUCCUCACACACCACGGUGUAGCCUAUCCUCCAACUACGCUUAAGCUCCUGAAUAGUACUGGUCCUUCUGUUUGUAUCCGUGUAACUGUGUGAAAGAUCUUUGUUUAGCUUUUUGUGAGUUGUAGUGAUUCUUCGUCCUCUUCUGAGUAUUAUAGCAAAGAGCUACUGUAAGUUUAGUACGGUUCUGCCUCGAGCAGUGCAAGUACCACUGUGUGCAAUGUGUUCCAUCUGAAAAGGUCUCGUGUUGCUGUACGUGUUGGCAGAGAUAUAUAAUAAACAAUAUAAUUUGAAA